AUUUGAUAUUGAUUUCGUUUCCAGAAGUCAAAAUGUGUGCAAACUCUUUUGUCCUUUGUGCGUUCAUCGCUUUGAUGACUUUGUGCAGCACGCAGGCCAAUGAAUUCUUGUACAAUGAAAAGCCCGAGGCUGAAUCACUUGAUAAACGAGACUGGAAACCAUUUAAUGGAGGCUUGUUGCUGGAAGGAUGCUAUGAGGUUAGGCCCAGCAAUAAGUGCAGCGUUGUGACGACACCUAGGCCUGUGACGACACCUAGGCCAGUCAAAAAAGUUGGAACAAAAGUAAACCCAGCAUUAUCAUGCAAAGAGAUUCUCGACAAUGACGGAUCAUCACCCAAUGGUGUKUACUAUAUCAAAACACCUCCAACAGUGACCAAAGUGUACUGCUACAUGACUGCCAUACCUGGGUGUGGUGGGGGCGGAUGGACCACUGUCAUGAAGAUCAACGGAAGAAAACAAACAUUUAGACUCCAAUCACCUUUGUGGACCAGCAAAAACUUCUACCUCCUUGCCAAUGGCCAAACAGGCAUCAAUGAMCAAGAGACSAAACUCCCCACCUACUGGACCCUCCCUUUCAAAAGUCUUUGUCUUGGGAUGAGAAUCUCUGGUCAAAUCAACUGGAUUGGUUUGAAUUACAGGGCCAAUUCGCUGUACUCUGUGAUAGCAGACGGUAGAUAUCGAAGUUUCUCUAUUGGUCGUAAGCCCUGGAAGUCACUCAUCGCUGGUUCUUCRCUUCAAAGAAACUGCAAUAAAGAGGGCUUUAAUGUCUUGAAUAAGGCGCGAAUCGGAUUUUUUGCAAACCAAGAAAACGACUGCAAAAGCCCGGAUUCUUACAUCGCGUUUGGCGCCCUUUCCGGAUACUGCUCAGGACGGGCAACAACAGGAAACUGUGUAGCAAGCAGUGGCGGCGAUAAUGGAAUGAAAACRACGCCAGCCUUUGGUUUUGUGCUUGCUCAAUAACCUAACUAGACGGCUGGAAAAGAGGAUUUAAUGACUGAGACGGCACUUGAAGGGGUGUAGCUAAAAUAUAACUGAUAUUGUGGUCAUGUUCUCUUGUAAUAAUAGUGAAAAAUAUCAGCAAUAAAAAGCAUUUUCAAAGCA